AUGAAUCAACAAAUGAAUCAACAAUCAUCUAUUCUAAUAAAAUAUCUUAUAAAACCAUGGAUACUUAUAUUCAAUAUAUGUAUAACAUUAAUUCUAUUAUUAUGUAAUACAUUAUCUAGUUGGAUUAUUGUCAAUGAUUUAAAUCAACAAUUACCUGGUUUAGUUUAUGAUCAAAUAUCCAAUAUUAUGAUCCAUUCUAUAAUUUUAUUUAAUAUUAUUGAAUUAACAUUGAAUUUAAUAGAAUUUUUAUUAUGGUUUAAUAUAAUAAGAAAUAAAUUUACAUUAUGGUUAUUGAUUGAUUGUAUUACUAUAAUCAAUAUAUUGAUAGCUGAAUUACCAUUAAUGAUAUUAUAUACUUAUUUAUAUACAUGUCAAGAAUCAAUUAUAUCGAUUGGUUAUUUAAUAAAAGGUAUAUGUAUCAUUCUAUUGAUUUGUUUACGUUUAUUGAUUUGUUUUAUAUCAUAUAUACAUAUGAAAUCGAAUGAUUCUUAUAUGAAAUCAAUAAAUUCUAUGAUGAAAGAAAGUCAAUAUUUAUUAAGUCAUUGUCAUGAUAAUAAUAAUAAUAAUAAUAAACAAUCGAAUCAAAUUAAUAAUAAUCAGAAUUUAGAAGAGAAUUUCAUAUGGAAACAAAAAUAUUGGUUACUUAUUCGUAUCUUAUUAUGUUUUAGUUGUUUUUGUUUAUUCAUUAUUAUUUGUAUUCUAUUCAACUUUUUCUUUCAUCCAUCUAUAUAUACUACUUAUUUAUUAUGGAAUCAAUUCACUAAUCAUCAACAACAACAACAACAACAAUCAUUAUUAUUAUAUCAUUUACCGAAUCAUUCUUAUUUAAAUAAUGUAGAAAUCUUUUUAAAAGAUCCAUCAUCGAAUCAUUCUCAUCAAUCAAAAUGGUAUCAUUUAAUUAGUUUAAAACAAAUUAUCCAUUUAAAAUCAAUUAAUGCCAAUGAAUCAGUAACAUUAACAUUCUAUUUAAAUGGUCGAAAGAAAUUUAUUGAAUAUAAACAAACUAUUUAUUAUCAGAAUUAUACAAAAGAACAUUCUAGUUCAUGUUGGCAAAUAUUAAAUCAGGAUUUAUAUAAAGAAUUUAUAUGUCCACCAUUAUCUAUAAUUCAUACGAUUAAAUUAAUUCAGCGUAUUAAAAUUGAUUUUAUUUAUAUUGUACCAUCAAAAAGACAACCAUUUGGAAUGGUAUUAUAUAAUGUAACAAGAAUGAUAAGUAAUAGGUAUAAAUUUCGGGAACAUGAAUUGACGUUAAAAUAUUUCCAAAACACCAUAGUUCAUUUUUCUUCUAAAAAAACUACAGAAUUACAAGGUAACCAUGAUCAUGAUGAAUGGUCAAGUGGUCCGUUUAGAUCAAACAAUCUUGAAGUUGAUGAUCAUCAGUACACAAAAUAUCGAAGUUCAGACCUUGUACCUGUUAAAGAAUUGUGGAAAACAGGUAUUGCAAAGUGUCAAAGUACGGCACCUAUAGGACCACAGAAAAUUUCAAAACAUCUACAUUUGUCGUUAACUGGCUCUCAUCAGAUAUUAAUUGUUUUCAAUAAGCAAAAGGCAUAUUCACUGUGUUUGAGUAAAAAGAUUCGUUUCUCAUCCACAAUGGAAUUUGCACAUACUAUUUUCAGAGUAGCAUUGUCUGGGGACCCCAGUAUGUUACUGCAAAUUUUAUCUGGGGAUCCAGGUUUGGCGAAUCUUCCUGACUUUGAUGGCAAUAUGCCACUUCAUUUUGCUGCUAUGUCUGGUUCAUGGGAGUGUGUUAAAAUAUGCAUUUCUGCUCUACAAGCUCGCAAGGAUCUUGACUGCGCAACGGAAGUUCAACGUAAAAAUUUCAUGGGUAAAGAUGCUCUUACCAUUUCCGUUGAGAAAAGUGAUUAUGAAUCAUUUAAUCUACUGAUAAGUGCAGGAGCAGAAACAGAUUAUCGGUGUGCGGAUGAUGUGCCUCCUCUGGUGGCUGCUUUAAGUCAAGAUAACGUGAAGUUAACCGCUAACGUCCUGGAUGCACUCGACAUAAAUUUUCUUUGUUUACGCCGGGAUCGCUAUUGGAUUUUAGCAUUGCAUACUGACCUUUCAAUAUCUUUAGCUUAUUUCAAGCUCCUAAAGGCUCAUGCUGUCCCAUACAUGCUAAGUGAAUUUGAGGAAAUUUGUGCCAUUGUUCUUGAAAAAGAACCAUCAAUAAUAGGGAUUGAAGAAUUUUUGAUUUACUUGGGGUCAGAUGCUGUGGAACGUUGGUCUAUUCAUCAAGAAGAAGUAUCUCUUUGUUUAAUGCGUAUUUCAUCCUACUUUUUAAGAAAAGUCGUUCCAUUUAGUCAGAACUUCAGUUGUAUUCAUCGCUUGCAAAAGUUAGGAUUAUACACACCCCCGUCAUCUGCUAGAACUUGGUUGCAAGUUCUGUCUCAAUGGGGAUUCCCAAGGAUUUGUAUUGAACAACCGGAAGUCCAAAAACAAUUGAUUUGGAAUUUAGCAGAUAUCGAUAGAAGUCCAAAAAAUACAGUUCCAGACAGGUGUUUGCUGCCGCUUGUACUAUAUUUCGCUGUCUUAGCCUUACGUUUCCCAUAUACAGAUUGGAUCGAUUGUUGGCGUGAAGUUUGUUCUAAGGCGAAAUUUAAUGAGCAUGAAUAUAACCUAGGAACACUUCUGGAAUUACACAGUGUAAGGCAGUCAAAAUCUGUCUUCGAUUUCUUCUGGCAUAAUAUAUUCACUUUUGCUAUUUCACGUGCUGUGUUGUAUACUAAUUUAAAACUUUUUCCCUUAAAUGAUACUCAGUGGUCCAUGGACAAAUUUUUAAAUCAUGCUUAUCGCGAAUGCCAAUUAUUACAACCACUUCCUCCAGGGAAUCAUGAGAAAUUAAUUUAUCUCCUUUCUUACUUUCCAGCAUCUAACAAUAUUCCUGGACAUGAAAUUUUUAUGUCUAUUGUGUAUCAGCAUUUCUUACCAUUGAUAUCUGAUGAUGAUAUUGAAUGUAGUAGUAGUUGCUCAAACGUUAAUCCCAAUGUAUUGAUGACUGCUACAGUUCAUGUGCUUCAUCAAUAUUGUUUAUUAAAUCUAAUUGUAAACUUUUCAGCUAAAUUAGGUCUGAAAUUCCUAAGCAAUAUUAAAGACUGGCCACGUUCAAUAUCAACUGACUACAAAAUCAAGUUGUUCAAUAUAUUAAUUGCAUGCUAUGUUGAGUCUAGUCGACAUACCAAAGUACCUAGAAACAUAUCCCAGAUUCUACCAUUGAGACAAAUGGGUUGUGAUCAUUCUAGUUAUUUGAAUAAUUUAGUGAAUGACUGGCUGAGUAAAUGGUUGUCUGAGCCGAAACGUCUCUCAUUAUGGUCUAAAGUUACUAUACGCACAUGUCUCAGACGUUCCACGCAACAUCGUUCUUUCCCUAAACAACCUGUAAAUGAACUUAUUAGGCGUUUACCACUGGCCCCGAUGCUCCAGGAGUACCUUAUAGAUAAUGAAUAUCUAAAGUAA